CAACCACAUGCUCAAUGUCUGGGGUGCUGAGAGCUUCAUGGUGUUACAUCUCAUCUAGAAAUAGCUUUAUAUAGCAAAACGUAACAGUUGUGGAGCCAACCAAGUAGGUGUGAAAGACAGGACUCAACUCAAUUUUUAAGCUGCAGCUGAUGAAGAUUCAAGGAGAAGCUGCGGUUCCAAAGACCUGAGAUCCAAAAUACAUCUAAUCGAACCACUCAACGGUGCCAAUAUUAGUGGAGAGCAAUUGCAGUGUUUCAGUGCUUGAAGUUUCAGCUUCAACUUCAGCGCCGAUCCAUCCAGAAUCACAAUGCUCUUCCUGAAGCUCACUCUACUCACCUUUAUUGCAGCUCAGGGCUUGUUUGUUUCUGGAGAGAAUAUGAUUACCUGCGAAGGUGAUAUCCAUCGCCUUACUUGUGACACUGGACUGAUAAAAGUGAAAUCUUCUCUGUACGGCCGUACUUACAAUGAUACCUGUAGUUUUAACUGGUCGCCAUCUGAGGUUGUCAAUACCAGCUGUUCCUUGAGGAUUUCCACUAUUGCUGAUAGGUGCAAUGGACUAAGAGAGUGUGAGUUAAAGACGGAUUUACUUGACACCCCUGACCCAUGUUAUGGAACUUACAAGUACUACAACACCACUUACGACUGCAUCAAUGGCCGGGUCACUGUGAUCUGUGAGCGUGGCUACAGCACACUGGACUGUGAAGAUGGUUCUAUUCAAAUCAUAAAUGCAAACUAUGGACGUGCUGAUUCGGUAACCUGCUCCAAUGGACUCUCUAACAGUUUGAUCAAGAACACCAACUGUUAUGCUCCAAACACACUCUCAACUGUGGCCGCACUGUGCAAUGGACAGAGGAGAUGCACUGUAGAAGCUUCACAAAAGAUCUUUACCGAUCCUUGCAGUGAGACUGUUAAAUAUCUCACUGUGUCUUACAUCUGCACUAGAGAAACUGUGACCUGUGAAGGAAAUACUGCUGUGCUGACAUGUGGUGCUGACCAUUUAAAGAUCGUCAGUGCUAACUACGGCCGAACCGAUUCAACCACAUGUGCUUCAGGACGCCCCCUGAGUCAAAUCUCCAUUACAAAUUGCUACACACCUAAUGCACUAAAUGUAGUGGCAGCUAGAUGUGAAGGAAAGAGCAGCUGUGUGGUGCCAGCAACAAAUGAUGUUUUUUCUGACCCCUGUGUUGGCACCUAUAAGUACCUGACAGUUGUGUACAUCUGUGUCUAACUAAUAACUUGAGGGAUUCCAGCUUUCUCCCCAGUCUCUUCAGCCUGAAAAGGAAUUAGACCGCAGUUUUGCUGUUGGUGCACUUAACAUUUGCAUAUUAUAUCAACUGCUGUAAUGAUUUUAUUUCUUAAAUGUACUUACUUUCUGUUAAAAUACUGUGCAGUAAAGUAUAGUCUAAAUGCAAGUAUACCAGGGAUGAGAGUUGUGCGUGUUUAUGUGCAGAGUUUAUUCAAAUUCAGACAGGUCCACUUUCAGUUCAACUUCAACUUUCAGACAGAUUGCCUCACAUUAUAGUGUUGGGUCUGAGUCCACCUUUGUCGAGUUCGAGUCGAGACCAAGUCCUUAACCAAUCGACUCCGAGUCCAAAAGGUGCAGAGUUUGACUCAAGUCCGAGUCAUUAAUGGUCGAAUCCGAGUCGAGUCCAGAAAGUAAUUAAAUUGAAAAAAGAUUUGAAAUUGCAAUUGUAAACUCACACUGAGCUGUUAAAUUAAUAUUUUAACCUUCAAAAACCAAUGGCAACAUAAACUUAACAAAUAAUCCCACUUUUACAUCUUGCCAUUGCCAUUUAAUAUUUUUAUUUCAUGUUAUCAGCACCUCAACUAGUUUCCUAUCAAAAAAAAAGGUUUCAAAGUAAAAAUGGAAUAUAGAGGUAUAUGUAGAACUUUUAUUAUAUUGGAAGUGUAUGAAAAUACAAAUUAACCUGUUUUGUUAUUGUAUCAAACUAUAUUGUGUCCUCCUGUUCGAGUUGACAUUUCAAUGAUUUGAUGCCUCUCCCCCACAGUUAUACAGACUGAGAGAGAGAGAGAGAGAGAGAGAGAGAGAGAGAGAGAGAGAGAGAGAGAGAGAGAGAG